CCUUAUGAAAAUUAUUAUGAUGAAGUGAUCCACUAGCUUGAAAUAGGCCGCCUUUUCUCAUGUUUUUAGAAAUGCUGAAGCCGGCGUAAAAAAAUCUUAAAAGAAGAGCUUAAAAUCACAAAAAUCACAAACAAGAGAGCUCAGCUUUUGUGGAACCGGAAGAACCCAUUGAAUUGAUUGAAAGAACAAAGCUCCGAUAAAAAAAAAAUGGCGAUAACUCUUAACAGUGGGUUCAAGAUGCCAGUGAUCGGGCUUGGAGUUUGGCGUAUGGAGAAGCAACAAGUCAGAGACCUCAUUAUCAACGCCAUUAAGAUUGGUUAUCGCCAUUUUGACUGCGCCGCUGAUUACAAAAAUGAAGCUGAGGUUGGGGAGGCGUUAGCAGAAGCUUUUAAGAGUGGACUUGUUAAGAGGGAAGAACUUUUCAUUACCACAAAACUCUGGAAUUCAGACCACGGACAUGUUCUUGGGGCUUGCAAGGACAGCUUAGAGAAGCUUCAAUUGGAAUAUUUGGAUCUAUACUUGGUGCACUUCCCAGUUGCCAUAAAGCAUACAGGAGUCGGCAAUACUAGCAGUGAAUUGGCUGAAGAUGGGAUAUUGGACAUUGAUACGACCAUAUCUUUAGAAACCACUUGGCAUGCCAUGGAAGAUCUAGUUUCUAGUGGUUUAGUUCGGAGCAUUGGAAUCAGCAAUUACGACAUAUUUUUAACCAGAGACUGUUUAGCUUAUUCAAAAGUGAAGCCUGCUGUGAACCAAAUUGAAACGCAUCCUUACUUUCAAAGAGAAUCUCUCGUCAAAUUUUGUCAAAAGCAUGGAAUUUGUGUCACAGCUCAUACUCCUUUAGGGGGUGCUGCUGCUAACAACGAAUGGUUUGGUACAGUUUCUUGUCUUGAAGAUCCAGUUCUUCAAGAACUUGCCAAGAAAUAUGGGAAGAGUGCUGCUCAAAUUGCGCUGAGGUGGGCCAUCCAAAGGAACACCGUCGUGAUACCAAAAACGUCAAAACCUGAGAGAUUGGAAGAGAAUUUCCAAGUCUUCGAUUUUCAGAUUGUGAAAGAGGAUAUGGAUCUGAUCAACGGAAUCGACAGGAAAUAUCGAACAAACCAACCUGCCAGGUUCUGGGGCAUAGACUUAUAUGCUUAGGAGGUAGUGCAUAAAACUCUUAUCUUAUAAUCGGUUCUUAAAUGCUCUCUGUUGUUGAAAUGGAUAAUAAACUUUUGAACUGUUUCCUCUGUCUUGUGUUCCCUAAAAAGCAGUAAAAAAUUCUUCCACUGAGAAGCCGGUUUCUUUAGGUCAGUUUGCUUACAUUCUCGUUUGUUUUCUGUCAUCGAAUAAACAUAAACAGUUUUCUUUAUCUUUUUCUUUUCUCAGCAGUUGUUUUUAUCUUGUCGUUGUUCAUUUUUACAAAAUGGGUAAUCUGGGAGAGAUUUUUCACCGGGAAAAAUAAUGCAAGGAUUCUGGUGUUUGACGCUGCUAA